CCUCCCCAGUGUCCAAUGAGGGCAGCCUGGGUGGGGACCUGCGGAGUGGGCAGAGUACAAAUUGUGGAGCCAGAGGCGGGGGAGGAGCUUUUGCCAUCUGCCCGGAGCGGAGUGGGACGUGGUGGUUCUUUCCCUGUGGGUUGCUGUGGGGUGUUACCUGCCAACAUGACGGACCAGCAGGCGGAAGCCCGGUCCUACCUCAGCGAGGAAAUGAUUGCAGAGUUCAAAGCUGCAUUCGACAUGUUUGAUGCUGAUGGCGGUGGAGACAUCAGCACCAAGGAGUUGGGCACCGUCAUGAGGAUGCUGGGCCAGACGCCCACCAAGGAGGAGCUGGACGCCAUCAUAGAGGAGGUGGACGAGGAUGGCAGCGGAACUAUCGACUUCGAAGAGUUCUUGGUCAUGAUGGUGCACCAGAUGAAAGAGGACGCCAAGGGCAAGAGCGAGGAGGAGCUGGCUGAAUGCUUCCGCAUAUUUGACAGGAAUGCUGAUGGCUACCUGGACGCUGAGGAGCUGAUUGAGAUCUUCCGGGCAUCCGGUGAGAGCGUCACCGAAGAGGAGAUUGGGGAGCUCAUGAAGGACGGAGACAAAAACAACGAUGGCCGGAUUGACUUUGAUGAGUUCCUGAAGAUGAUGGAGGGUGUGCAGUAAAGCGCCUAGACAUUCCUGCAAGGAUGGGGGCAGCCAUCUACCAGCAGCCACCUCUUGCUUCUGCUCCAGCGACGUGGCCUUGCCCAGUUCGUGAGCUUCCCUCACCCCACUCCUCUUCCAGCCUGCUCCACGCAACUCCAAGACUCCUUUACAGCUAAACUCUGUGGAUCCCCACUGCUCCGAACCUGUGAAAUUCUGUUUAUAGCAUUGACACUUCAAUAAAGAGCAAAGGACUGGAACCAAA